GUUUCAUUCCCGAAUACCGUUUGAUGGACACAGACAGUAACUACUGCUUUGUGCUGCAUCCUACAGUUCGGUGUACAGUACUGACAGAUAUCCAGGAGUCCCUCUUGAGCAUGACAGCAAAGAAGUCCAAAAAUGAAGCGGGCGAGCCGGAAAUUGACCCAGAAGAAGCUCUGCGAAAGCUAGAGGCAUAUGGCGAGCGCUUCAUGUCCAUGUUUGACGACGAUGGGGCACGCAAGCGGAGCUCGGCGAAAGCCAGCACUAGCGGGCGCGGACAGCAGACGAAAACGGGCACGCCGGCACGAGCGGCGGCGGCGGGCGCCCCUUCAGGGGCUGCGGCGCAGGCGGGUGCUGCUGCCACUAUGCCGCUGAAGGGCGGGAGACAGCCUGCGCCUAGUGCCGCACCCGACGCCAACAGGAGUAAGUUGCCUGCGGCGGCAUCUCCCGCAGCAGCCCCCACUCCUGCUGGCAGCGGUAAGAAACGGAAAGGCGGUAGCGCAAGUGAGAUCGAUGCCAUUAUGAGAGGGGCGGCAAAGAAGAGCAAAUCAGCCGGUGGCGGCAGCGGGAGUCCGGACGUAGUGGGCAAGCCGAGCAAAGCGGCGGCGGCGGCCGCAGCGGCGGCAGCGGCGGCAGAGGCGGCUCGCGCGGAGGCGUUGCGGCGGGAGCGCAAGCUAUUCAUGUCACACAAGGCCAGCAAGGUGCACGAGCUGGCGAGCAGUAGCAGUCCGGCGCCCGGGGGCCGGCGGGGCGCAGCGGCGGCGACGGCGGCGGGCAACGAUGAGGCGGGCCUGACGCCCGAGGAGUUCCAGCGGCUGCACCUGGAGGUGGAGAAGUUCGCCGCUGCCUCGCUGGACAAGAAAGCGGCCAAGCAGUACAAGGCGCGCAUGCUGGCACGUGUGGGCGCCAAGGCCGAGGCCGCGCCGCGCACCGCGCUGUCCAUCGGCAAGGGCAUGGCGCAGGUGGCGGCCAAGCGGCAGGCGCGCGCGCUCGAGGAGGCAAUCGAGGCCGGCAUGGUUUCGCGCAAGGGCCUGGGCAAGAAGAAGCGAGCCAUGUCAGCCAAGAACCGCGACCGUGGCCUGAUGGAGGCCGGGCCAAGCUUCAAGAACGGCGUCCUCCGGGUCAAGCCCAUGAAGAAGGCCCGCAACGACAGCGGCAAGCUGCGCCUACCCAAGGGCGUGUUGUAAGGGCACGGCAGCGAGCUAGGGCGUGCAUGUGCGCCGCAUCAAGUGCCCGGACACGGGCCCGCUGGGCGCUACUGAAUCCAAUUAAGUUCCCGCGCAGCCGUAUCGCCGCUACUCCUAGUCGCAAUGUACUCGGUGUGCCGAAAAAUGCGGUGCCAGGUUGUGAGCCCCGCUGGGGCAUGUCGCAACCGUGGAGGGCACUGUACGCUAGGACGGAGGCCAUGUCAUGCUGUAACCAUGUCAAGUCCGGAUGUACUGUCCCCGCCGGGGGGCCCGUCAACGCAGCCGAAAGACGUCUGUAGUGUCUUGGCGACCCAAAUAGCAGUUUCUCCAAAACAGCAGCAAACUAAAUCGAAAUCAAUCACUGGGUCACAUGGUUACUAGGGACGCGCUCUCAAUCCACCAGGGCACCCCAAUCGCAGGCCCUCCCUCCC